GAAUUGUUAGUUUUGGUCUUCUUUUUCUUCAGUUACGAGAAAGGAUUUCGUUUUAUAAAACUGAAAAAACAAGCGACUUAGCUAAGUUAGACUAAAAAGACUAACGUUAGUUAACAGCAGCCAGGUUUGUACCACCAUUAAGCUACUGUGGUGGGCGUGUACGAACAGCUCGCUGCUAGCUAAAAUGAAAUAACGUUAGUGAGUACAGUAAGCUGACUUUUAUUAUGUGGCUGUUACUUUGUAGCAUAGAGUCUGUUGAGCUUCACGCGAAAUUAACCCGUUUUUGCGAGUCUUUACAGAGAAAGCCCUACACAGCAUUAGAGCUAGCUAGUUAAUCUUUAAGUUAUCAAUAGCUAAGACACACGAGACAGUGACUUUAACGGACAACGGUGAUUCAGCGUGCUAGCUAGAGAGACAAUCCUUGAAAGCCUCAACAUCCAUAACGUAACAUUCAUUGAUGUUAACGUCCAUCAUUUCAUGUAUAUCGUUUUCGGAUCUCGCAAGUGUUAUUAAUAGCUGGGCUUCUCUCUACCAAGAUGUAUGUGAUGUCGGGAUGACAGGAAGAUGGCAAACGGGGUUGGAAAACACAAGCUGCUUGUCAUUGGACCAACAGAGCCAUGGUCAGUGAGGGAGAAGCUGUGUUUGGCCACAUCUGUCAUGAAGAGCGGAGACCAGAACUGGGUAUCUGUCAGUCGAGCCAUCAAACCAUUUGCAGAACCUGGGAGACCACCUGACUGGUUCUCUCAAAAGCACUGUGCCUCCAAGUACUCUGAGCUCCUGGAAACAACAGAGGCCCCAAAGCGGAAGCGUGGUGAGAAAGGUGAAGUGGUGGAGACAGUGGAGGAUGUGAUAGUACGCAGGCUGACGGCUGACAGGAUUGAUGAACUAAAAAAGUUGAUCAAAGAAACACAGGAGAAGCACAGGAAGCUCAAGAGAGAAGCUGAACUGAUUCAAGCAGGACAUCUAGAUUCCAAACUAGAAGAGUUAUGGGAAGAAAUUCUGCUGAAGAAGAAACUGGAAGAAGAAGCAGAGUUGAAAAGAAAAAAUGCAGAUUCUACUUAUCAGGCCAGACAGGUGGCAAAGAACACACCAAAGCGAGUGCUCGGCAUCAACAUGCAUUCGUCCUCAGGCUGUAGCUCCCCAAGCCAGGAGUUCUCACCAGGUGACGCACUUGAAUGCUUGACACUGGAUCUGGUAUCGACAAAGAAUGCUUCAGGAUCUGCCAGAUUAAUGACAAUUCCUGAAUCUUCUGGACCUGGGAAUGAUGACAUCAGCCACAGCUCACUUCUGGAUGACCCCACCCAAAAGAAGCUCCUGGGACAGAAAUCCACACCACCGCCAUCUCCACUCCUGUCGGAGUUACUGAAGAAAGGCAGUAUCUUGGCCACAAAUUCCAGACUGAUUGGGGAGGGUGACGUGCCCACUGGUAAUAUGACAGGAGCACAUGACCUGCAGCUGGCUCCGCCUGGUCAACUACUCUCUCAGUCAACAGGUGCCCCGAUGUUGUCUCGUCUCCUGGAGGCAGGUCCUACCCAGUUUUCUGCCCCUUUAGGUUUCAUGGUCAGUGCAGACUCAGCCUCCAUUGCUCCACUCUCUGCUGCCACUCCUGCUCCUUCUGACUCUACUGCUUCAGCAAGUACAGAAGUGGAUGUGAUGUCUGUGCCCCCUGGAUGCCAGCCUGUCCCUGCAGAGGAUAAGGUGUCACAGCUCAGUGAGGAGGAUGUGACUGCGUCCUACAUGGCAGAUGAGCUGGAUCUGAAGACAGUGGGGGACAUUAUCGCCAUCAUUGAGGACAAGGCAGACGAGACUGCAGAGGCUUUGGAUGCAGCUGCAGUUGAGGCUGCUCUGUCACUGUGUGAGGAGAACGGCCAUGCUUUGUCUGGUGCCUGGGAGUCUGGGCCUUUCCAGCACCACGAGUCUCACCCCACAGGGCCCUCAGAGAUCCCACAGUCCUCAUCUCUGCUCAGUAGCCUGGAGGGGAAGGCAGAAGUGUUACAAGUUCAGGGUGGGACUUCAGCUUCACUCUCCUCUCUGCGCAGCAGUCGUGAUAACUGUCUCGCAGCAUUCCCCCGGGGACUAAGGAGCCUUCCACCCACCUCCUCGUCCUCAUGCAAUUCAAAGAGUUUUGAGCACUGCCACACUGGAGCACUUCAACAGCCUGAGGCAAUGAGAGAGACUGGAGAGAGGGUGCACCAAAAAAGUCAAAUUUCAUUGGAUGUUACCAUAAAAUGCAACAGUGAGAAGUGGGCACAGCAAAGACUUGAUAAACCCCAUGAAGACUCAGUAUUAGAAGAUAGCCCACUGACAGAAAGGCAUCCCAAGGACAUGAAGGCGGAGGAUGGAACAAGUGUUCGGCGAGGACAGAAUGCCUCGGGGACUAGAGUGCACCCUGAGGUCAACGGGCUGGAAGUGUGUGGAGAAGAAGAGGGCGAUGGGGUGGAGGGAUUCUUGUCCGAGCCAGACGGGGAGAUGGAGCUAGAACCCGCGGCAAGCGAGAGUGAAGAUGGAUACAGCCUCCACACGGCUUCCUCGUCUCUGCAGCUUCACACAACCGCUGACUCCAUCCCCAGCAGCCCUGCCUCAUCCCAAUUUUCUGUGUGCAGUGAGGACCUGGAAGCUUUACAGGCUCACAAGAUCUGGAAGAAAGCCAUUAUGCUCGUCUGGCGUGCAGCGGCCAAUCACAGGUAUGCAAAUGUCUUCCUGCAGCCAGUAACAGAUGAAAUUGCACCUGGAUACCAUGGUAUUGUUCACAGGCCCAUGGACCUGGCCACCAUAAAAAAGAACAUUGAGACUGGUUUGAUACGGACCACCGCCGAGUUCCAGAGGGACAUCAUGCUGAUGUUUCAGAAUGCGGUCAUGUACAACAGCCUGGAUCAUGACGUGUACCACAUGGCUCUGGAGAUGCAGCGUGAUGUCCUGGAGCAGAUCCAGCAAUUUCUAGCCACCCAGCUCAUCAUGGAGACAUCAGAGUCUGGUAUCAGCGCCAAGAGCCUGAGGGGCCGUGAGAGCACACGCAAACAGGACUCUACUGACAAGGUGCUUCACUAGAAUUUUGACAAAAGCAGAGAGUACAGAAGAAGAGACAAGGGAUGGAGGCACCAGAGGGCGCCGUUGUGCCAUAGAAGCUGACCUCAAGAUGAAGAAAUGAACAUGCAGAAUGAAACAUUAGUCUGACAGUGUCCCCUAGUUGAAGUGAAAGGUGUGACACCAGAAGACUGAACUUAGCUCUCUGUCACUUGCACAGUUUCUCCCUCUGCAUAAUGUGCAGUAAAGUAACCUUUACUUGCACUCUACAUUAAAUGGGUAGACUCUAAUAUGGAGAAGCUAAUUUCUUCUGAGACAGCCGUGCAGAUAUGGAUUACAUACUGCAUAAUCCUAGAUUACAGUGUGGCAUUCAGAAAGACUAGGUCAAACAGGCUGAAAUGAAGCCUGCAAGGGGGGUCCUGGUUGAACUUCAGAACCAGAGUCUGAUUAUACAGAAUUAAAUAGAAUUUCUGAAUGAUCAUGGGGGAUAUACUAAUUUCAAAACAAACAUUUUCAUUGCUGGUAUAAAAUCAGUUGGGUUUUUUUUUUUCCAUUAAAAAAAAUUUCUGAUCAUUUUUAAAUAUGGAUGUAUGGUUUGUGAUGACUUUUUAUCUCUGCUACACUUCCUGUGAAACAGUAACUACAGGCAUAUUCUGAGUCAUCAAUAUUUUUGAGACGUCACGUCAAUAAACUGUUUUGUGGACUUUAAAAUGUUUAAACAAUAAAACUUCAUAACUUCAUAAAGAGCUCUUAAACCAAAUAUGUUAAGAUUGAAUUUGCUGAAAACCUUUUCACGAUACCAGCAGACAUACACCACAGCAGUAACCAGGCCAGUUGCUACUGUUGAAGUGCUCCUCCGCUUUCACAGAUCUAACCCUUGCUGUUUAAGAGCCGUUUAAUCAAAAAUGUUUGCAAGGGUUGUUUGCAAAAAUCAGUGAGAGUAGGUUUAAAUUGUUGUUUUUAAAUAUAAGUCUGCUUUGCCCAACCCAUGACAGAGAAGUUAGAUGUACUGUAUGUCAGUAGGGAAAUGCAGUCAAAUUUGUUCAGGACUGUAUUUAAGCAGCAGACCACAUGGCACGAAGCUGCUGAUGAUGGAUGAAGGAUUUUGCGUUUGGCUUUUGUUAAAGUAUAAUAAAACUUAUUCAGUUUUUAUUGAACCAGAGCCAACUCGUAUACAUGAUGCCACGUUCUUGUUAAAUACCACUUUGUUCUUGCUCUCUUCGGUUGAAUGCGCAAAUACAUUGUGUUCAUGUUUUCAUUACGACCACCUCUGCUGACUUUGCAAAGUGGAAGGACAAUUCCGUUUAAUCCAAAUCUUCUAAUUGGCAUCAACAGAAGUAAAGGUAUAUCAGUUUGACAGCUCAAAUGUUGACUAAGCGCUGUCAAAUAGGAAAAGAUAAGAUACUAUGCAAAGUUGUACAUCUAGUCUGUGAAAAAAGGCAAACGUCUUAGAUCAACUCAUAAUUUCAAAGAAGCAGCUCACGUUUAGGCCACAAUGCAAAUGUACAGAAACAUGAAAGCCUUUGGGCACACUUUACUGUAUAUGUGAUGUUUUUCUAAAAUCAGUAGCAAGCGGCACAGUACGUACAUUUGGUGAAAGUAAAGCUUUUGUGAUUAUUUUAUGUGAUUUAAUUAAAGUAUUUAAAUACAAAUAACCAACAUUUGACUUUUACUCUCACUGAUAACCUUGAAAUAUAGAUUUUAAAGUCCUUGAUUGCCCAAUAGCCCAGCUUGACAUUAUCUACUCUACUGCAGCUUUCAUCUUCUGCUUAAUGAUGGGACCAAACACACAAAGCACUCAAAGAAUCGAACCCCCUUCCAAUGACAAACGAAUGAGACAGGCCAAAACAGAUUCUGGUUACAUCUUUAAUUUUUCUGGUAAUUUUGGCUGAAAACUGAAUUCUGCAGUGUUGCUCAAGUGUACUGCCUCUCUGACUGGUACCUAAACCUGAUUUUUGUGCAUCACAGUAAAGGAUUUACAUGUUCGUGA